AUGGGCAGAUUGGGCAGUAAAAGUGAAGAAAACGCAGCCACGGCACCGCCAACCGUGCACCAUUACAACGUACGCUAUACGAAGCUGAAGGACGACGAUUAUUGUGAAAGUCCUGAACAAGUUAUGCCAGGUUUCGAGGGCUACAUAUCGUUCAGUUGCAGACAGUGCGGACAUUUGCAAUUGUUUCAGGGUGCAGAACUAGAAAUGAUCCUCGGCAAAUCCUUAAAAAUGGCCUUUAGGUCCAACAAGAAGGACCAGCAACAACAACAGACAGGUUUUGAACAACAAAAGAACAACAUCCCUAUGACUUCUUCACGGUACCAAGAAACCCCAGACGAUUCCGCCAUAGGUAUUCCAGUAGUACCGCCAGGUCCUGCUCGAUAUACUCUGAGCAGUGACGAGAGUAACUCACCAACUCAACUGAACCAAUUCAAACGCAUAGUAGAAAAACCAUCUUUGAUGAAACGAAUAGGCAAGGGGUUUGUUCUAACAGGAAGCGACGAAGAAGGUUAUCCUUUGGUCAGCGAUGGCAGUUCUAGCAUACCUGGAAGUCAAAGUAAUAUUUCGUUGUUCAACAAUGACCAAGCAAGUGGCGAGGCUCCUACAUUGAAACUAGGCGACUUCAAAAUUCCAAAACAACUAAACUUCAGCGAUCAAUACGCCGAAAGCGAAACAUCGACUGAGGAAAUUGAACUCAGAAGUCAAGCUCACAGAAGAGAGGCUAAUUUGAGGAUGGCGCCUUGGUACCAAGAAGGCAUCCCAAGGGAAAUCGCCUUGGAAAUAUUAUCGCAAGAACCUAUAGGGUCGUUCAUGGUGCGAAAAAGUACCACCAAAGCUGGAUGUUUUGCUUUGAGUGUUCGAGUACCGCGCAGCUUUCAACCUAGAGGAAUUGCCCAUUAUCUUAUAAUGAGAAGCUCCAAAGGAUAUAAAAUAAAAGGCUUCACUAAAGACUUUCCUACAUUAGCCUCCUUAAUAGCCCAUCACUCGGUUAUGCCAGAACUGCUUCCGUGUCCUUUGUCUUUGAGCAGGUACCAUCCUGUCUGUGUUAUUUCGGAUUGUAGAAGGGAAUUUGCUGAUAUAGAACCGGAACCUGAUGAUUGA